AUGAUCUAUGCACAACCGCCACGAAAGGCCCGGCCGCGCAUGAACAGCGCCAUCUUCGUGUCCAACAGCGGACCAGGUCUCGAUCCCAAGGAAUUCUUCCGUCGCCACGGCUCCGUUUCGAAGCUGUGCAGAAAGGCGAGGAGCGUGGACAACAUCUCCUUGGAGGAGAAACACUUUGGACUUCCGCAACUAUCGGUGUCAGGACCUUCGCCGCCCGAGGAUGAAGAAAAGGAAAGGGAAAUGGAGAUGGAUAUGGAGAUGGAGAUGGAUAUCGCGGAGACCGAAACGUUGAUGGCAGAGCAGCAAGAGUGA